AUGGUGUUUGUGAGAGUAAACAUGGAAAGAGCAAAAUCAGAGGAAAGAGAUUUUAUAGUUUAUUUGAGAGGAUUGCGAUUAGCAUACGAGACUGGAAAGGAACAGGAUAAAAUUAACCCUCUUUCAUUGAACAAAAUGGAACAGAAAUCAGGUUAUGGAAUUGGGUUUAUAUACACAGCAAAUCUCAGUAAAAGUGAAAUUAUCUUGUCUUGUACAGUUUUAUGCACCAAAAACUGCCUUAAACUCAACUGGGGAGUAGUGGAUGGUGAUGGAAUUGCCACUACCAGCAUUAAAAGGAUAGGAGGAAGAAAAAUGGUUCUCGCCCCCAGUGGUAUCAAAAGGUCAGACAUUAAAGGCAAUGGAGCACUUGGAGGGACCUCGAAGAUUUCGAGUGCAAAUGAUCAAGCGGUUGGAAAAUACGUCUAUGAAUUAGGGAAGAAGGUUACGAGUAUAGGAAGAAAUAAGGGAAAUGGGAGUCGAUUUUCUGAAGGGAUUAACGAUUCUGGUUUUGUGGCUUUUAAUGCUGAUUACCAUCAACCUAGGCAUCACCCACCUAAAAAUAAUUGA